AUCAGUGCCAUCACAAUACCCAUACAGUCGCUACUUAGUCAGAGAUAGCAAGGCUACAGUCGCCUCGAUACCUACUCCAUACAUCUAGUACAAAGAACGAACGCAAGCCGCCACGACCAGACGAUGCAGGAAGGCACACAGCCCUCCACAGCGAACAUUGCGGUCGCAUGCGCCAUACUCGCUGGUGUCACUGGCUACUUCCUCGGCACAGCAAAGUCACUAGGGUUAUUUGGAGGUAGUCCAAUCUCCGAGCCACCACAGCGAAAGGGCGAGAAGGCACAAGAGUCAGAGGACGAGUCCAGCGACGACGAGGAUGACGACACAGCACCUGCCGAGUUCCCUGGCCACACCGAAGAAUGCAAGAUGGUACUGGUAGUGCGGACAGAUCUGGGCAUGACAAAGGGCAAGAUUGGCGCGCAAUGCGGUCACGCGACUCUAGCGUGCUACAAGCACUUCCUUCGACACGCACCGAACUCGACUAUCCUCCAGCGCUGGGAACGAAUGGGUCAAGCAAAGGUGGCAUUGCAGGUGAAGGGCGAGGAGGAGCUGGAGAUACUGCAGGCGCAAGCUGUGAGCCUGGGGCUGGUUGCGCACAUCGUUCAUGACGCAGGUCGUACUCAGAUUGCGAGUGGCAGUGCGACUGUGCUGGGUAUUGGACCUGCACCAAAGGGAGUGAUUGAUCAGGUCACGGGACACCUGAAGCUGUUGUGAGUGAAAAGCAUACCGCAAAGCGCAGAACACAUCAUUACGAAGACAUGACCGCAUUUUCAGCGAAGAGAAAUGAUACAUGGUGCACAAAAGAAGCAAACAUCAAUGCUGUCGAUGGUCCUCUUGCCAGCACCUGCUGCUCCAGCUCGACACUCAAAGCUUGAGUGCAAGUAAAGUAUGUAGCCAACUGGGUUUGUCCCAAGCGUCAUGGACCGACGGUCUAGCAAAAGGGAACAGGAAUCAGUCUGCCUGGCACGCACCUUCCACCGAGCUCAAACCUUGCGGCGAACUCAGGCUUCCAGCAACGUGCCGACUUGCUCUCCAGCCUGUCGUUCGGAAAUUGACAUCCACUGAUCAAGACAGCUCCAUGGUCACGAACGAACUGCCAGCUCUCGACCGAACACACCCCUAAGGGUGGACGGGAAAACUGGCACAGGCUGUUGGUGAGAGGAAGGU